UGAGGAGGACGACAUAACAGGCUAAAGAGGCUCCCCGCAAGCAACCACCACCAAAGCAAAUAUAAGAACUUCACCAAAACUGCCACUAAAAAGUCACACUUUCUCAUCUCUUUGAGUGCAGAGACAGAGAGGAUGUGGUUCUUUAGAGGAAAAGGGCCAUCCGGGUUCUCGUCGUCGUCCACAGCAGAAGAAGUUACUCAAGGGAUUGAUGCCACUGGUCUCACCGCCAUUGUUACAGGAGCAUCGAGUGGUAUUGGCACUGAAACUGCACGCGUUCUUGCACUGCGCGGUGCCCAUGUGGUUAUGGCAGUGCGGAAUGUGGCUGCCGGUAAAGAUGUAAGAGAAGCAAUAGUGAAGCAAAUUCCCACUGCCAAAGUUGAUACCAUGGAAAUGGAUCUCACUUCCUUAUCAUCCGUGAGAAAAUUCGCAUCGGAUUUCAAGUCCUCCGGACUUCCUCUCAACAUCCUAAUUAACAAUGCAGGAGUUAUGGCAACCCCUUUCUUGCUUUCUAAGGACAAAAUCGAACUUCAGUUCGCGACAAACCACGCAGGUCAUUUUCUUUUGACAAACCUUUUGUUGGAUACUAUGAAGAAAACAGCACGCAAAAGCAGCAAACAAGGGAGAAUUGUAAAUGUGUCCUCAGAAGCUCACCGCUUUCCAUAUCCUGAAGGAAUUCGUUUUGAUAAGAUUAACGACCAAGCAGGGUACAGAAGUUAUCUUGCAUAUGGCCAAUCAAAGCUUGCUAACAUUUUGCAUGCUAACGAGCUUGCAAGACGUUUAAAGGAAGAAGGGGCAGAUAUAACAGCAAACUCACUUCACCCUGGAGUAAUUGCUACCAAUCUUUUCCGUUAUAACAGCGCUAUUAACGGUAAUCACUUCACUAAAUGGCUUGUUAACGUGCUUGGUAGAGCUUUGCUUAAAAAUGUUCAGCAGGGAGCAGCAACGACGUGCUACCUGGCACUGCAUCCGCAAGUCAAGGGGGUGACCGGCAAAUAUUUUGCCGAUAGUAACCUAUCCAAGACAACUCCACAAGGGCAAGAUGUGGAGAUGGGAAAGAAGCUAUGGGAUUUCACCAUGGAUUUGACUAAAUGAGAGAGAGAGAGAGAGAGAGAGAGAGAGCCACUUUGAGGCUGAAAAGUUUACAAGGUGAAUGAUAGUAUCCAAUAAUGUUGUGAAUCAGAAGUUGAGAGUAUUGCUUGAAGGUGAAUAAACUCCCUUUCUGCUUGAAA